AGUCAAACAGAAGUGAGGAGCCUCUGUAUCUGUCAGUAUUGAUACCGCUACAGAAGUCAGCCAUUGUUCUGCUGUUUGGUUUCUCUAUAAAGUAUCUCCAAUUCACCUCACUUGCACGUCUUUGGACUGUGGGAGCUCCCGGAGGAAACCGCCCCACCUGGGGAUCGAACCCAUGAUCUUCUUGCUGUGAGGAGGAAACCCACACAGGCACACAGACUUCUUUUUGAGAUGGCAUCACAAAAGUGGUCACAACAAUGAGUUAACCCUCACUGCAAAUCCUUUCAAUCAGGGGUUAUGGUCCUGCACUAUUGUUUGGAAGUGAUCCUGCAUCGAGACAUUAAGGAUGCCCGGGCUCAGCUGUAGAUUCUACCAGCACAGGUUCCCCGAGGUGGACGACGUGGUGAUGGUCAACGUGCGCUCCAUCGCCGAGAUGGGCGCCUACGUCAGCCUGCUGGAGUACAACAACAUCGAGGGCAUGAUCCUCCUCAGCGAGCUUUCCCGUCGACGUAUCCGCUCUAUCAACAAGCUCAUCCGCAUCGGCAGGAACGAGUGUGUGGUGGUCAUCCGAGUGGACAAAGAGAAAGGUUACAUCGAUUUAUCCAAGAGGAGGGUGUCGCCGGAGGAAGCUAUGAAGUGCGAGGACAAGUUCACAAAAUCGAAAACUGUGUACAGCAUCUUAAGGCACGUGGCUGAGGUUCUGGAAUACACCAAAGACGAGCAGCUGGAGAGUCUGUUUCAGCGCACGGCCUGGGUGUUCGAUGAGAAGUACAAGCGGCCUGGAUACGGUGCCUACGAUGUCUUUAAACAGGCAGUAGCGGAUCCAUCCAUUUUAGACGACUUAGAUCUGACUGAGGAACAAAGGACCGUUCUUAUUGAGAACAUCAACAGACGACUCACUCCUCAAGCAGUCAAGAUCAGAGCAGACAUUGAAGUGGCUUGUUAUGGCUAUGAAGGUAUUGAUGCUGUGAAAGAAGCCUUGCGGGCAGGUUUGAACUGUUCAACAGAAGCAAUGCCCAUCAAGAUCAACCUGAUUGCCCCCCCUCGAUACGUAAUGACCACAACCACACUGGAGCGCACAGAGGGCCUGUCCGUGCUUAACCAGGCUAUGACUGCCAUAAAGGAGAAGAUUGAAGAGAAGAGAGGGGUAUUUAACAUUCAGAUGGAGGCCAAAGUGGUGACGGAAAUCGACGAGACGGAGCUGGCGAGGCAGCUGGAGAGGCUGGAGAGGGAAAAUGCAGAAGUGGACGGAGAUGACGACGCAGAGGAGAUGGAGGCCAAGACUGAGGACUAGUCUGGAGACGAAGUGUUGAGACAGAGCUUGCCAGAAAUUUAAGCGUUAUAAAAUACUACAAAUACUGAAAUAAGGACUGAUUAAGACUGCGGGAAUGGACUUUGGACAGAGACUAGUGUUCUGCUCUGCUUGGAGGAAACAUGCCUUUGUUUUUAUUUUUAUUUCAAAUAGAGCGUUUUACACAGA